GCUUUAGUAUGCACACGCAUUGCAUGGUUACAAAAAAACAUCAUACUCGACUGGCAGCUAUAGACAGAAGCUAGUGUCCGAGAGCACACCAUGGCGCAGCCGAACCACCGGUACGGCGGCCACCGUGACCUGGAAGCCGUGAUAGACAUGGACCACCCGGAGAAGCCGACCGCGAAAGGCGGCAGCCGGUUCAGCUUCACCGGCGGGCUGGAGUUCACCAGCCUUACGUACACGGUGGUCAAGAAGCAGCGCGGAGUCGGCGGGGAGUGGGAGAAGAAGGACGUGGACCUUCUGCACGAGAUCACGGGGUACGCGCCCAAAGGCUGCGUCACCGCCGUGAUGGGUCCCAGCGGCGCCGGCAAGUCGACAUUCCUGGACGCGCUCGCCGGGCGCAUCUCCAGCCUCGACGGCCGCGUGGCGCUCGACGGCGUCGAGAUGAGCCCCAGCGUCAUCAAGCGUUCGUCCGCCUACGUCAUGCAGGACGACCGCCUCUUCCCCAUGCUCACCGUCUACGAGACGCUCUUGUUCGCCGCCGACUUCCGCCUCGGCUCCGCCGUUUCCCCCUCCGACAAGAAGCUCCGCGUCGACAACCUCAUCGAGCAGCUCGGACUCACGACAUCAAGAAACACGUACAUCGGGGACGAGGGCACGAGGGGCGUGUCCGGCGGAGAGCGCCGGCGCGUCUCGAUCGGCGUGGACAUCAUCCACGGGCCGGCGCUGCUGUUCCUCGACGAGCCGACGUCGGGGCUCGACUCGACGAGCGCGCACAGCGUGAUCGAGAAGGUGCACGACAUCGCGUGCGCAGGGAGCACCGUGGUGCUGACCAUCCACCAGCCGUCGUCGCGGAUCCUGCAGCUCCUCGACCACCUCAUCAUCCUGGCACGCGGGCAGCUAAUGUACAGCGGCGGGCCCAAGGAGGUGACCGCGCACCUCGGCCGCAUGGGCCGCAAGGUGCCCAAAGGGGAGAACUCCAUCGAGCACCUCCUCGACGUCAUCCAGGAGUACGACCAGUCCGAGUUCGGCGUCAACGCCCUCGCCGAGUUCUGCCUCACCGGUCUGAAGCCGCGCAAGCUCGCCGCCGAGGGGAUCUCCACCGUGUCUAGCAUCCCUCCGACACCGGUUGGGCCCGGGGGCGAGGACUUCGACCACAGCCUCAGGAGCCAGCACUCCAAGUCCCCGUGGAGCGGCGCGCAGUUCACGCCGUCCCGGCGCCCCAAGAAAGAUCAAAGCGGCAAGUCACAGAACCCUCCAAGGUACGGGCCGGAGAUCGUGAUGGGGACGCCGACGCCGCUGAGCAGCAUCUCGGUGUACACGGUGAACGAGGCCGACUACCUGUCGCCGGCGCAGCGCGCGUCCGCCACGGGGGCGCCCGGCGUGGGCAUCAACGCGCUGGGGCACCGCGGCAAGUUCGCCAACUCGUACGCGGCGGAGGUGUGGGUGCUGAUGCGGCGCAACUUCACCAACAUCUGGCGCACGCCGGAGCUGUUCCUGUCGCGGCUGAUGGUGCUGACGGUGAUGGGGUUCCUGAUGGCCACCAUGUUCACCAAGCCCAAGGACAACACGCAGGGCAUCACCAACCGGCUCAGCUUCUUCAUCUUCACCGUGUGCGUCUUCUUCUUCUCCUCCAACGACGCCGUCCCGGCCUUCAUCCAGGAGCGCUUCAUCUUCAUCAGGGAGACCUCGCACAACGCGUACCGCGCGUCCGCGUACGUGGUCGCCGGGGUGAUCACGUACCUGCCCUUCCUCCUGCUCCAGUCCGCCGCCUACGCCCUCAUCACCUGGUGGGCCAUCGGGCUCCACGGCCAGUUCGUCUACUUCCUCGUCAUGCUCUACGCCUCGCUCCUCUCCACCAACUCCUUCGUCGUCUUCAUCAGCUCCAUCGUGCCAAACUUCAUCCUUGGGUACGCGGCGGUGAUCGCGUUCACGGCGCUCUUCUUCCUCUUCUGCGGCUACUUCGUGGACAGCCAGAGCAUCCCGCAGGGGUGGAAGUGGAUGAACACCGUGUCCACGAUGAAGUACCCGUACGAGGGCCUCCUGAUGAACGAGUUCGGCGGGACGCGCAUCUUCUCCUCGAACCCGCCGCUCGACGGCAACGCCAUCCUCGAGAACCUCACCAUCAGCGUGCACAAGGACCGCAAGUGGAGGAUGGUGCUCUACCUCCUCGGCUGGGCCGUCUUCUACCGCGUGCUCUUCUACCUCGUCCUCCGCUUCGCCUCCAAGAACAAGAGGAAGUAGCCUCGCCUCGCCUGUAUCCACAUAUCAUGGUGGUUUGCUUUGCUGGCUUAAUCCCAAGCUCUCUGGUAGUCAUUCAUUUGAAUUGACGGGACCACGUACGGAUCAUGUCAAGAUCUCCGUCCAAGAUUUGUAGUAUUCCUACUGAACUGUAAUUUUCAGAUAAGACAUUGUGUUGAUACUUGAUAGAGCGUGCCGUGAUUUAUUCUGAUCA